AUGACCGGGGCCGCGACGUACGAGCGCGGGGAGAAGCAGGGUGCUCAGGCGAGAGGAGCGGGCACGGGGAGCCCCGCCGCUGCCCCGUCACCAGGCUCGUUGGCCCCUCACGCCGCGUCACCGCCGGCGCAGGCUUCGGAGAGGAACCCACUGGUGGCGUUCGUGACGUUCCUCUGCUUCGCGGCCUCCCGCGCCCCCGGGGCGUACACGGCGCUGGCCGGCAUGGAGGUGGUGAUCACGGCGCUCUUUUUCCUGCUGUACUUGCUAAAGCUCGAUAAAAAGAUGAGCUGGCUCUUCUGGCCGCUGGCUGAUAUUUUCAACUCGGUGAUUGCAGCGUUGUUCCUCCUUGUUGUGUGCCUGUGUGCAGUAAUAAUCAAGAGCAACAAUGGGACGCUGGCUGGAGGAGUGUUUGGUCUUGUAUUGCUUGUUCUCUCUGUUGUCGACGCAGUUGUUCUUUUCCAGAAGAUUAGUCUUGGUGGACCAAGAGGAAGGAAUACUGCAAAAUGA